CUACAGGGACGUCAUGCAGGAGAACUAUGAGACGGUGACCUCGCUGGGAUUCCCCAUUCCCAAACCUGACCUGAUCGCCCGGCUGGAACGAGGGGAAGAGCCGUGGGUCCCGGAUCUCCGGGACUCCAAGGAAAGGGAGAACCCGACAGGCAGCCGCACAGCAGGUGAUAGGACAGUGAGUGAGAACAAGGAGGAGAAUCAGCAGCAGGAAGGUCCUGAGAAAAUGGAACUGCAGAAGACAUUUUUGAGAAGAGCUGAAGGGAAUUUUUCCCAGGGCUGGGAACAGGGAAAUGCCUGGGGAGAUCAACACAGAUCAGAGAUGCAGCUGGGAAACUAUCCUGGGAAGAAACUGGAUGAAUCCACUCAAUGUGGCGGAGGAUGCAAGGAUGCCAAGGAAGCCACAGUCCAGCAGACAAGUCACAAUGAAGAGAAAUUCUACAAAUGCCUUGACUGUGGGAAAAGAUUCCAUUUCACUGCAACCCUUCUUACACAUUGGAGAACCCAGACAGGAGAGAAGUCCUAUAAAUGCUUAGACUGUAGGAAAAGCUUCAAUAAGAAGUCCUGUCGUAUUAUACACCAGAGAAUGCACACAGGAGAGAGACCCUAUAGAUGUCUUGAGUGUGGAAAAUGUUUUAGAAAAAGUUCAUUCCUCAUUAAUCAUGGGCAAAUCCACAUGGGAGAAAGACCCUAUAAAUGUGUUGAGUGUGGGAAAAGUUUCCACCACAAAUCAACCUUUAAUACACAUCAGAAAACCCACAAGGGAAAGAAAGCCCAUAAAUGCUUGGACUGUGGGAAAACUUUCAGUCAGUGCUCAAGACUUAUUGAACAUAGCAGAAUCCACACAGGAGAGAGGCCAUAUAAAUGUCUUGAAUGUGGGAAAAGUUUUAUGGCAAGUUCAUCCCUUACUAUACAUGGGAGAAUCCACACUGGAGAAAGACCCUUUAAAUGUCUUGAGUGUGGGAAAAGUUUUAUGACAAGUUCAUCCUUUACUAAACAUGGGAGAAUCCACACAGGAGAAAGGCCUUAUAAAUGCCUUGAGUGUGGAAAAAGUUUUGUACAAAAUACAUCCCUUACUAUACAUGGGAGAAUCCACACUGGAGAAAAACCCUAUAAAUGCCUUGAGUGUGGGAAAAGUUUCAUUCAGAGAUCAAAUCUUACUACACAUCAGAAAACCCACACAGGAGAGAAAGCCCAUAAAUGCUUGGACUGUGGGAAAACUUUCAGUCAGCGUUCAAGACUUAUUAAUCAUAGGAAAAUCCACACAAGAGAAAGACCAUAUAAAUGUUUGGAUUGUGGGAAAAGUUUUGGUCAGAGCUCAUACCUUCUUGAACAUAGUAGAAUCCACACAGGAGAGAGACCAUAUAAAUGUCUUGAGUGUGGGAAAAGUUUUGUACAAAAUUCAUCCCUUACUAUGCAUGGGAGAAUCCACACUGGAGAAAGACCCUAUAAAUGCCUUGAGUGUGGGAAAAGUUUUCUGCUGAAUUCAUCCCUUACUAUACAUGGGAGAAUCCACACUGGAGAAAGACCCUAUAAAUGCCUUGAAUGUGGGAAAAGUUUUAUGGCAAGUUCAUCUCUUACUAAACAUGAGAGAAUCCACACAGGAGAAAGACCUUAUAAAUGCCUUGAGUGUGGGAAAAGUUUCCACCACAAAACAACCUUUAAUACACAUCAGAAAACCCACACGGGAGAGAAACCCCAUAAAUGCUUGGACUGUGGGAAAACUUUCAGUCGGCGCUCACACCUUACUCGACAUGGGAGAAUCCACACGAGGGAGAGACCUUAUAAAUGCCUUGAGUGUGGGAAAAGCUUCAGUAAGAGCUUGGAGCUCACCAAACAUCAGAAAAUCCACAAGGGUAAGAGACCCUAGAAAUAGCCUGACUGCUGGAAAAGAUUCAAUUUGACUUCAGUGACUAACACAACAGAGAGACCUUGAACGUGGGAAAGCUUCAUUUGGUGCUCCUGGAGUAUCAGGCAUCUGCAAAUCUGCACAGGGAAGAGACCUCUGAGAUGUUCUCAGUGUGGAAAAUGCUCCAAGUGGAGCUAACACCAUAUUGGACAUCAGAGACUCCCCCACAGAGCGCGGAAAUUCUCUCAGGGUCCUGAGUAAGCCACAGUAACAAACCCAUUUCCUAAUUCCCACACACAUCAGGGGCUUUUGGCUCUUGCUGGGGUGAGGAUCCAGCAGCAGCUGAGCAUCAGGUGGUCAGUGACCCUCUGGCUCUGCCUGGUCUAAGCAAACCCCAGGCAGAGGAGAAGCCCCCAUCAGCCCCUCCUCCCUGCUGCAGCUCUGGCUGCUGAGCUGAUGGGCCAGAGGUGGAGGAAGGGAGAGAGAGAAACUCCUACGGAUGCUCCCUCUGCCUGGCUGAAGUUCCCCCCUCUUCCUUCCCCUCCCAGCCGGGAUCCCCCUUCCAUGGAGAUGAGGAGAAGGACACUUGGGCCAGGCCCCACCUUCACUCUAGACCCCUGUUUAGCUUUUACAUCCCUAUCAGCUACCACAUCUCCCCAUGUGUCUAGUGUAACAGUUCCUGUUUCUAUUGAAAUGUUGUAAUUUGAGUUCAGUGCUGUCUCUAACCUCCUUCACUUUCCUUUGAUCCACCAGUGGGUCUUCCUUUAGCCAAGUACUUUGUCUCUCUGUCCAGCACCCUAGUGCUUUAUUCCAUGUCCCAUUUGUCUACAGAACUUGUUUCCCAAAUAUUCACUGAAGGCCAGAAGUUUCAAGGCACCUAGAUACUUUGUAAUAUGCCACUAGUGGCCUAAAUCCUUUUAAAAAUCUGACCCUAAGGGCCUUAGAGUGUCUCAUAUACAGGGCUUCUCAAAAGGAACUUUUUGUGGUAUUUUUUUUACUAAGCAUAGAUAUGCAACCCCAAGACAGAUUGACAACCCCAAGAAUUCAAACCCCAUGAGUUAUGCACCCAACAGUCUAGAAUUUAAAUAAAGAAAUGAAUACAU